AUGGGUCGCGUUCUUCCAUGGCUCACGGGCAAUGAUACAGCUUCUGCCAAAACAUCUGCACCCCCAUCAAAACGUCAAAGGCAGCUCGAGCUUGAUUCUGACUCUGAGCGAACAGGUCGGAGACGAAAGGUCCAGCCUACGCGAACAAAAGAAGACCGCGCGCCCUCAACUUCACCCCCUCCACCUACACUUCCUUCUCAGUCGCCUCUGCGCGCCGGCCUUGACUCUGAUGACAUCUAUAUCAUGGUCGAGGAUGAAUUCCUCGCCACUGCGCAGCUUUUCACCCGCCAUCUCCAUCAUGCCGAAUACCAACGCCUGCAGACUCUGGCGAAAGAUCGUGAUGUUUCAACGAUAACAAAUAUGUGUCGACCUACAGAUAGCAAGACCAUCAUGCGUAGCGAGCUAAAGAUGAAGAAGGAUGCUGUUGCAAGAUACACAAAGACUAGGACGGGGGUGGAGGACGUAUUAGGUGGUUCUGGUAUUUGCGAACAAGAAGCAAGCAAUAGCGAUUUCGAGAUUCACAGCGAUAACGAACCGUGGCAGGGCACGCACUUGCAGUCAUUCAUGACAGUGAGCCCUAGGGCGGAUCUGAAAAGUCUGACAGGGUUGAAUGGAGCUAGGAGCCACACACGAGCUGCUGCAGGUUUCGCGAAAUCCGAGCGGAAGACCCCUACAAAGUCCCGACAUAGCGACUUUGAAACAGAAAUCAAAGCGAAUGACAGGCCAAUCCACACUGAAGAUGACGAUACCGAUGAUCUCGACGCCCCAGUGGCUGUAAGCGGGAAGACAAUCUCUUCGUCAUGGAUGAAAGACAAACAGCAGCCGGACUUCUCAAAAGCAGUGCCUCAACCAGCGAGGCGUUCCCAACAAACGGGGACAUCUCAUCAGAGGCAGCUUGAGAAACCCUUCAGGCGUUCGCCCCUAGAUGUGAGCCUCGAAAUGUCUACGGAAACCCAUUCACGGAUAUCAAAAUCAAGACGACCCAUUUCAAGACCAGCCCGGAGUCCAGCUAAAGCAGAGGAGAGCGCUAGCAAUGCUGCAAUCAGAGCUAAACUGAGAGCUAUGAGAGAACAGGAUUUGAAGGAUCAUGAUAAGGCCACAUCGGCAAAGGCUAAUGAAAUUCCGAUUUUUUUAGUGGAUGGCUUCUUUUGGGUCGGAACGAAUCUUGUGGCGCGUCUUGUGUAUGGAGGUGUGAACGUCCCUCUCCAGGUCGUCUCGCUCGUGGAUACAUGUGACAUCCUAGUCGGUACGCCGGGACGAUUAGCACAUGUUCUCCAGUACGAGCACAAAAUCGACAUGACUUACUUAAGUCACUUCAUCAUCGACGAAGCAGACGCCAUGAUGUUGCCCGAAUGGAAGGAAGAGAUGAACAAAUUUUUCGCACCGGAAAUUACCCAGCCGCUCAGAGAUGGAUUCCGAAAACUUUGCAAGUCCGCGACCGACAAAUUCGUAGAGAUUGACUACAACGAGGAGGUGAUCGAGGAAAUCAAGUCUAUUCGUGACAUGUGUGUCAAGCAGCGACUACUACGACGCACGGAUGACGACCAGGCCGCCUUCCAAAACAUGCUCAGUCAACUACCCAGUAAGAAGACCAAGAUACUGAUUCUGACCCAAAGCCGCCAUACAGCCACCAAAGUUCACCAACUUCUCCAGGUAUUCCUCCGCUCCAUCAAUGUAUCAGAGAAGCUGGCAACAAUCGCAUAUGGAAAGAUGGACCAGGCAGAUCGUGAAAUCGCAACCUUCCAGUACAGAUUGGAUCAAAGCUCGAUCAUGGUCGGGACGAUAGGCUUGCUGGCUCGGGGUCUGAACUUCAAUGCUACAGGAGUCGUCGUCAUGUGGGAUGUCCCCAAGACCCUUUCCGAAUACAAGGCAGCCGCUGGAAGACUAGGGCGUCUCGGUAAUGUAGGCCUGUGCAUCGUUUUCUACACUGAAAAGAGCCAGCUUUGCAAAGACCAAAAGUUCAUUGAUUUUUUGAAGCAAAGCAAGACGGAUAUACCAUCAGAGCUAUAG